AGGUCAAAUCUCCCUGUUUUUUCAUGUAUAAAAUCAUACAAUGACAGCCGUUCACGAGUCUCAUAGACAUUUCCACUAAUCAUUAACUCUGAGAGAGCUAGCUAAGUAAGAGCAGGGGAUAAGCGUAGCCAAUAUAGAUACCUCAAAUGCAGCUCUCUUAUGGAAGAGCUUUUGGUCAGAGUUCACAUCAAACACAUCUUUGUCCCUCAAUUUCUUUCUCUAAGACCAGCUUGAAAACUCACUCGGCAACCCAGAAAGGCUGAGGAAGCAAAGGCUUCACUAAGAUGGGUGUGUGCUCAAGCAAGGGUGGGAGCAAUAUUUGUGAUGAUGAUGUUGGAGGAUUGAAAGAAAAGAUAAGGCUGCUUAGGGAGGAAGUGAGAGGAGUAAUGUCUGAGAUGGAUAAAGAGGUCAAAGCCCAUGAAAAGGACAUGGUGGUGUUUGCAUUUAAGGAAGCAGAUUGGAAAACAGAGAAGAAGAAACUCAGAGAGGAGGUGAAGAUGCUGAGGAAGAGGGUAAAAGAGAGGAUGACAGAGAUUGAAGAGGGAAAUUUUGGAGAGAAGACUGCAACAGCAUGGGAGAUUGAAAGAACUCCAAAUACCAUCUUUGAGCAGGUACAACAGGAAAGAGCACGCAGAGAUGAAGCCAUUGAGAAAUGGAAGCAACUUUAUCACGCUAUCAAGAUUGAGCUCGAUGACCUAAUUCAGAGAACACAUAAUGGAGAUGGAUUGUACUGGGGAGCGAACGAGAGAACAGAAGCACUACAAACGGAAUUGCUAGCAAAGGAGGAGACCAUAAAGGCCCUCAAAGAACAAGUGGCUUCAAUGGAGCAAGAAAAAUACAAGAGAGUCACAGAAAUUGACAUACUGAGGCAAAGCUUAAGAAUUAUGACCAGUAAGAAGGAAAAAUAGAUAGACACCUUCCAUAGCUGUGUUUGUAAGUAGCCUGCCAGUGAAGUAAGGAGCACGAAAACAGAAGUUCCAAUGAAAAGCCAAUUGAAAGUGUUACUAGAAGCAAAUGCAUCCAGGAAGCUAUUAGUUUUGCACCCCCACCCUUAAUUUCAACCCAACUGUUACUUUCAUAAUCAUUUCGUUGGGAUGGUCCAAUAGGUAAACUUUUUUGUUCUAUAGACUGCAAUGUUGAGAAAGUUCCAAAAAAAAAGAGAAAAAAGGGGCUUAUCCUGACAGGAAGAAAAAAUGGCGCAUCAAAUGUUCUCAUUGAAAUUUAGUGAUAGCUUAAUUUCUCUCGAUU